AACAAGAAACGCCACUCGCACACACCGCACUCACACACAGACACACACACACACACAAACUAAAGCACAUGCACGGAUCGGGAGCAGCUCCGGGCUUUGUGCGCUGCUGCUUUCUCGGCGAAGCGUGAUGGCAGCGGGACACGCGCGCACACGCUCCGACCCUCUUCUCCCACCCCUUUUCCUUACAUCCCGGCAGCGAGGGUUUCUCUGGGAGGAAUUCACACUCCGACACGAAUCGGGAGACGCCGGGCUCCCGGGGAGCGCAGCUCGGUCUCUUUCCCCAUUUCCCACGCAGGUAAAUGCCCGCAGCUGCGUCCGCUCACACCUGGGAGAUUCUGGGAACCAACUUUUUCCCCUCUACUCCGCUCUCCCAGCCCGGCUCCUCCGAUUGUUGUUAUUUCUCUCUCCCAACCAAGCAAAUGUCCGUGCAAAGAGCUUUCAGCACCGGCUCUGGACAGGGCGAGGGGAGCGGGGAGGGCCGGAUGCGGCAGGGACCCGAGGGGCCCAGCCCGCACCCGGAGAGCGCUCUGCAGCGCGUCGUUCAGCUUCUGUGUUAACAAAUCUGCCUGCACACCGCUCCCACAGCCCCCGGACCCCCAGCCCCGGCCAUGGGCUCGCCCAACCGCGCAGUGCCCCCGCUCAACACCCGCUGCCGUCAUGUCAGCACGCGGCCGGCACCCUAACAGCACUUCAGCUGUUGAGUUCUCCGCCGUCUUCGCUCGGCUUUGGGUCUCACAAAACCAAACGAGAGCGGCGGCUCCGCAGCCCCACGCACGGACACGCCGGGUGCGGGAACCCACGGGGCUGGGCACCGCGGUUCUGGGGAGGCACUUUCCAGCCCUCAAGCGUGCCAAGUGCGGCCCGCAGCGAGCGUAGCCGCUCCCAGGCGAGCUGCGGGCGGCUGCACCCCUGGGGAGCGCGGUGCCGGGAAGUUAGCGAGCAGCAUCUGUUGAUUAACCAGCGGCUCGCAGCAGGGCUCGGAGCGGGAGAUAAGGGCCGGCAAUGAUUGACCGCCUGCCCCUCCCGCCCCGGCUGCGGGCAGGGCUGCGGGGGAGCCUCCAGCUGCCGCCUCCUCCUCCUCCGAAAAUACAUCCCAAUAGGAAAAAAAAAAAAUUCCAAAGUGAUUUCUCAGUCUCCUCUUUCCUCCCCUGUCUGGCACUUGUGAUCAUUAGCACUGAAAGCUGUUAAUGUCUUGUCUCACAGCUCCCCCUUUAGUCUCUCUGCUCUCCCUGUCUCGCGUUCAAAGCCAGAUCAAUAGCAGCCUCUCUCUAACCUUGACCUGUCCCCCGACCCGCCUGCAGCUGCAGCUGCCCUGACGCUGUGCUUCCCCCCACACCUCCCGCCGCAGAGGGGCCGGGUCUUUGGGGGCUGCCCCGAGCAUCGCCCCGCUCUGUGCCUCCGUGGGUGCCGGGCACGAACCGCAGCCGGGAAAGGGCCGUGCGCUGUGCACCCGCCCUGUGUCCCCCUGGCCCAGCACCGCCGCCUGCCCAAAGCCGGGAGUCGCUGCUCCUUAUAAAAAAAAAAAUGGGCAAAAAAAGCAAAGAGGCAAAACUAGAGCAUAACCCGCAAGAAGAGAGCAAGCUUUGGGCUAGCUCUCAGGAUGCUAUUUGGUGCUUGUGCCUUGUUUUAAAUUAGAAAGGAAAAACACCAGCAUGCACCAAAUAACUAGAAUUAAGGUAAUCAUUGUAUUGAGGCAGUCAUCUCAUCCGUCUGCCCAAUACACCGAGGGUUUGAAGAGUUCCCAUCGAGGAACACCGUCCUUGUCAGAGGAGAAAAUGGGCUGAUGUGAUGUGAAAUAACUCCAUUCCACCCCACACACGGGGCGUGCUGAGUCAAGAGCCCUCUGCACACACACGCUCAGCUUCCUGCUUUUUCUUUCCUUUUUUUUUUUUUUUUUUUUUUUUUUUGGAAUCGUGCAACGUCUUUAGCUAAAAUUUGGCACGGAUAUAGAUAUGUAAAUACCAGUGUGAAGAGGAAGUCCUGAUAUCCUCGCGGAGGAUAAGCUGGUUGUGGCACUUGGGCACAUUUCGAAUGCAUUUCCACUUUCUCCCCAUUUGCUCAAAUAACUUUUCAGUGGAAGAGAAAUUGGAGCUGCAGAUUCUGUGUGAUGUGAUUUGAGUUUCUUCCCGACCCAUGCUAAGUUGGAAACAAAUUGUUUUUGAUACGGAUCUGGGAGCUGGAGGAGAGGAUAGAGGAAAGGAAGGAAGGAAGGAGGGUCGAGACAAUCUGACAUAAAUGAGGCUGCUAUCCUCAUUCUCUUUGAAUCUUUAAAUGUUGCUGCUUGGGGAAAAAAAAAAA